AUGAACUCGGGCACAGUACAGUAUUCUGGAGUGAAGUGCAGUGACGAAAAUCCUACUGUGCUUACAGACGACGACUAUAACUCCAAGAAGAAAAGAUACGUGAAAAAAGAUGGGAGUUGUAACAUGGUUGUGCAGAACGGUCCAGAGGAGUGGCUUCUCUGGAUCACUGACAUCUUCACCACCCUGGUGGAGAUCCGCUGGAGGGUCAUGUUCUUGACAUUUGCUCUCUCCUACAUUUUAUCAUGGCUCUUUUUCGGAAUUUUGUUCUGGAUCAUUGCAUUGACCCACGGCGAUAUGAAAGACCCCAACAAUGAGCCAUGUGUUUAUGAGGUUCGAAGUUUUACAGCAGCAUUUCUAUUCUCAUUAGAGACCCAGACCACCAUUGGUUAUGGCUUUCGGGGGAUGUCUGAGAACUGCAUGAUUGCCAUCAUCGUAGUUACCAUCCAAGAUGUCGUCAGUGUCUUCAUUGACACUUUUGUCAUCGGCAUCGCAGUCGCCAAGAUGGCAUCUGCCCGUAAGAGAGCCCAAACGGUUGGAUUCAGCAACUGUGCGGUGAUCAACUUACGUGACAGUCACCUAUGCCUGACGUGGCGGGUCGGGGACUUCCGAAGGAACCACAUGGUAGAAGGUACAGCUCAUGCACAGCUGGUAAGGCACCUGGCACACAGCACAGGAAAAGUUAACAUUACAUACAAAGACCUCAACAUUGAAGAGAACAACAUCAUCCUGGCCACCCCAACAACCAUAGUUCAUAAAAUCAGCCCUGGCAGUCCUCUAUACAAGGUGAGCUUGAAGGACCUGAGGAAGGAGAACUUUGAGCUGGUGGUCUCUUUCACCUAUACAGACGACUGCACGGGCAUCCUUCACCAGACACGCACAUCCUACACUUCAAGUGAGAUUCUGUGGGGCCAGCACUUUCAGGAGAUGAUCAGGGUCACCCGCAGGAACUACAGAGUGGACUACGCCCUGUUCAACCACACAGUUAAAGUCCUGGUCCCAGAACUAAGCGCAGAGGAGUAUGACCUAAAGAAGUGAUCUCAACAGCCAAAACACAAACCACUCCACAUAAGUUCUCCAACGGCAGCUGUGGAAUUGGUUAAUGGGAAUAGUCUUGAGGCAGAAAAAGCAUCCAGCAGUAGUGCAGUCCAAGAACACAAGCUAUAAAAGUAGACUUGAUACAUCCUGACUCUGCUAUAGCACUUUGAAAUCAGGCUUCCUCAAAGGGCAUCACUAUAAGAAAUAGCCUACCGCACUUAUAGUUAGAUUUAGACAUAUAGGUCAGUUAGCUGGAAAAUCUUAAAAAGCCCUUCUUACACAGACAGUAUCCUGGACAGGUACUGGAAUACCACAUUAAAUCCCUGUAGGCAUUUUGGUUAGAGCACUAAAUUCAAAAUAAUAUAAAAGUUUUGUUUUAUUAGUAUUUUAUUUUUUAUGUAUAUCUAAUGUGGCAUUAAGCAGCCUUGCACAAACUCUUUAUACCACUCUUUAUACCA